AUGAGCGUCUGCCGCCCCGUAAGAUGUCUCUUCGCAUCUGCCUCGCUCCCUAAGCCCGCCUCCGCACCGAAACGCUCUUUCCACGCAUCCGCCCCUCGAGCAGCUCGCAAACGGAGACCGCACUACCCGUCCAUCAAGGCCGAGGAUUUGAAGCUCCUGAAUCAGGUCGCGGAAACGAACUACCCCAAGUACGACACCUCGGAAACAGCGUUGCUGGAAAAGCGAUACACGCCUGCGCAAAUCGUUGCCAUUAAAGCCGCCGAAACCGCAAUCGACAGCCGCGAUAUCGUCACCCAGGGCCGGCGCCGGACAGACCCUUGGCUCCUACCGUACGAAGAUGAUCUGGCGGAGGUCGACCCCGUGACGGAUCACGCUGAGAAGCUGGACCCUUCAGAUAUCCCUGGAUCACACGAUUUCAAAGACGUAAACGAGGAGGAGCGCGACGAGGCAAUAACUUUCCUCGCCAACGAGAAUCUCGCCAAGAUGUUCCCUGAUGGCCUUCCAGAGGGUGAAUUGAGCGAGGACACGCAGAGGCAGCUGGAGGAAGCUAUGGGAACGGCCGUCACACAGGCAGUGCUGGAUCCCCGUGCGAGUUUUCGCGUAAAGAACGUACAUGCGGCCGCUGCGCUCUCUGACCCGCGACACUCGAUCGUCAUGCCCGAUCUUCCGAGAAUCGACAACCGCAUGGUGCGCCAGACUCGCCGCCUAUCUUCGGAGGAGGAGGAGGAUCCGCGUCAGAAACGUUUGCUGCAAUACCUCAACUGGGACAAGCAGAAAUUGCGUAGUAUCAGAGUCAAGACACUGGUGGUGCACGGCGUAACGAACCAGACGCGUAUGGGCAAGAUUCGAUCGCUGUACUACUUGACCAUUGCGGGUAACCAGGAUGGCCUGCUAGGCGUAGGAGAGGGCAAGUCCACAGAGCCGGACGAAGGAAGGAAGCAGAGUGUGAUGGCUGCCAUCAGGAACAUGAGGCCCAUACCGCGGUAUGAGAACAGAACGACUUAUGGAGACCUAGAGAUGAAGGUGGGAGCUACGAAGGUGCAGCUGUUCUCACGACCGCCUGGGUUCGGUCUCCGCGUCCAGCAUCUCAUUUUCGAACUCGCCCGCGCCGCCGGCCUCCAAGAUCUCGCCGCUAAGACGCCCCGCUCACGAAACAAGAUGAACGUCAUCAAGGCCACAUGGGAAGCUCUCUGCAACCAAAAGCUGCCCGACGAGAUUGCACGGGCCAGAGGGAAGAAGCUUGUCGAUGUAAGGAAGGUGUACUACGGAGGAAGUGUACACUAA